AUGUCUCCUUUAGAUUUCUUCUUUCUUACCCUCAAAACCCUUAAAGGUAAGAGACACCCAAGCAAACCCACAACAAGAAACCGUCUCUCUCUACAACCAGAUUGUUUCUCUCUCCACAGACUGAAAAAGUGUGAAGGGGAAAUGGACAACAGAAGAGCAGCAAACAUGAUACUGUCGAGAGCAAACAGGAUGAAAACGAAAUUACAAUCAUCACUAGAGGCAAGCUUUUUAGAAAUCGAAGACGUUUCACACCAGCACGCAGGCCAUGCUGCCAUGAAAGGCAAUACAGCAGGGGAAACUCAUUUCAAUGUCAAGAUCGUGUCUCCUAAAUUUGAUGGGCUUAAUCCAGUGAAGCGUCACCGCUUGGUUUAUGAUGCACUUGCGGAGGAGUUGCAGUCUGGAUUGCAUGCUCUCUCCAUAGUUGCCAAGACUCCACAAGAAGAAGAAGUAGUAGCUGCAAAAAAGUGA